UUUGAAGCAGGGGGCGUGUCGCACGAAGCCCGCAGCACUUUAGUCUCAACACCUCCGCUCACUUCCUGCUCUCAAAGAAAAAGUAGGAGCGGGCUGUUUGCUGUGCUCUGUAAAGUGCGGGACUUGAACACACUUCUCCAGCUGCUCCCAACUGAAGCAUGAGCGAGUUACUGGCGUGACGAAGUGCGCACACCGGCAAGUUUGCGCUAGCUCCAACUUUGCGGUCGUUCCAACUGUGUUUCACCUGCGGAGCCAACAUGUCGGACUCGGCGUCCAGUUUCCUUCAUAUCGGAGAUUUGGUGUCCCUGUACGCCGAGGGCACCGUCAAUGGAUUCAUCAGCACCCUUGGCUUGGUGGAUGAUCGCUGUGUGGUGGAACCAGCUGCCGGAGAUCUGGACAACCCCCCCAAGAAGUUCAGAGACUGCCUGUUUAAGGUAUGUCCAAUGAGUCGCUACUCCGCACAGAAGCAGUUCUGGAAAGCCAAACAGGCGAAGCAUGAGAAAGACAAGAUUGGGGAUGUGGUCCUGCUGCAAAAACUUCAGCAUGCAUCAAACUUGGAACAGAAGCAGAACGAGACAGAAAACAAGAAGGUUCAUGGGGAUGUGGUCAAGUAUGGAACCGUCAUCCAGCUGCUGCACAUGAAGAGCAACAAGUACCUGACUGUGAACAAGCGUUUGCCAGCGCUUCUGGAGAAGAACGCAAUGCGCGUCACACUGGACGGGACCGGCAAUGAAGGCUCCUGGCUCUUCAUACAACCUUUUUGGAAGCUGCGUGCCAAUGGAGAUAAUGUGGUGGUGGGGGACAAAGUGAUCUUGAACCCGGUCAACGCCGGCCAGCCGCUUCACGUGUCAAACUACGAGCUGAGUGACCACCUGGGCUGUAAGGAGGUCAACUCUGUCAACUGCAACACCAGCUGGAAGGUCAACUUGUUCAUGAUGUUCAGUGACCACAGGGAUGAAGUGCUCAAAGGCGGCGACGUGGUGCGUUUGUUUCAUGCUGAGCAGGAGAAGUUUCUGACAUGCGACGAGUACAAGAAUAAACUUCAUGUUUUCCUGCGCACAACCUUGAGACAAUCGGCCACAUCGGCGACCAGCUCCAAUGCGCUGUGGGAGGUUGAGGUUGUCCAUCAUGAUCCAUGUCGCGGAGGGGCAGGACACUGGAACAGUUUGUAUCGCUUCAAACACCUUGCCACUGGAAACUACCUGGCAGCAGAGGAGAAUCCCAGUUACCGAGGUGACAGUGCGGAGAUGUCCUCCUUGAUGGAAAGCAGUCGCAACAGCAAGCGUUUGCACGGUGAGAGGAUCAAGUAUAAGCUGGUGGCCAUGACACAUGGCAAUGACAUUGCCUCGCUCUUUGAGCUGGAUCCCACCACUUUACAGAAGACCGACUCCUUCGUUCCGCGGAACUCGUAUGUCCGCCUGAGGCAUCUCUGCACCAACACGUGGAUCCAGAGCACAAAUGUCCCCAUAGAUGUUGACGAGGAGAGACCCAUCAGACUCAUGUUAGGAACGUGCCCCACCAAAGAGGACAAGGAGGCAUUCGCCAUCGUCUCGGUUCCCGUGAUGGAGAUUCGGGAUCUAGAUUUUGCCAAUGACGCGAGCGCCAUGUUGAGCACGGUGGUGGACCAGUUCAGUAAGGGCUUCAUCAGCCAAAACGACCGCCGCUUUGCUAUCAAGCUACUGGAGGACGUGGUCUUUUUCGUGGCAGACGCCGUCAACAGCGGCCAGCCAGUAUUGGAUGUCACCAUGACCAAAGCCAACCGCGAGAGGCAGAAGCUAAUGAGGGAGCAGAACAUCCUCAAGCAGAUAUUUGGCAUCCUUAAAGUACCUUUCAAGGACCGUAGCGGAGGGGAAGGACCUCUGCUCCGUCUGGAGGAGUUGGCUGACCAGAAGAACUCUCCAUACCAGUACAUGUUCCGACUCUGCUACCGCGUUCUGCGACAUUCCCAAGAGGACUACCGCAAGAACCAGGAGCACAUCGCCAAGCAGUUCGGCCUGAUGCAGGGUCAAAUCGGCUAUGACAUCCUGGCAGAGGACACUAUCACUGCGUUACUGCACAACAAUCGCAAGCUGCUAGAGAAGCACAUCACCAAGACCGAAGUGGAGACCUUCGUCAGCCUAGUCCGCAAGAACCGCGAGCCCCGCUUUCUGGACUACUUGUCGGACUUGUGUGUCUCCAACAACGUGGCCAUUCCCGUUACUCAGGAACUCAUCUGCAAGUGUGUGCUGGAGCCCAUAAACCAGGACAUCCUCAUCAAGACUGAGCGGCGGGUGCCCAAAGAGGUGGCCCCAGCUGAAAUCCCCACGCAAUAUAUGGGAAUGGAUGACUAUGCAGAUGAAGAUGAGGUAUGGCUGGUGUGGACUGACAAGACCAAUGAGAAGCAGGAGAAGAGCAUAAGGCAGCUCGCUCAGGAGGCUCGACAAGGCAAUGCCCAUGACGAGAACGUACUUACCUACUACAGGUACCAGCUGAAGCUUUUUGCCAGAAUGUGUUUGGACCGCCAGUACUUGGCCAUUGACGAAAUCUCCAAGCAGCUGGAUGUGGAGCUCAUCUUUCUGUGCAUGAUGGAUGAGACUCUGCCCUUCGAUCUGCGAGCGUCCUUCUGUCGCCUGAUGCUGCAUGCUCACGUGGACCGCGACCCACAAGAACUGGUCACGCCUGUUAAGUUUGCCCGACUUUGGACCGAAAUCCCCACCUCCAUCACUAUCAAGGAUUACGACUCAAACAUGGAUGACAGCAGAGACAACAAGAAGAACCGUUUCGCCAACACCAUGGUCUUCAUGGAGGAGUAUCUCAACAACGUGUUGAACGAGGAGCUGCCCUUUCACAAUGAGGAGAAGAACAAGCUGACCUAUGAGGUUGUGAGCUUGGCGCGGCAUCUCAUCUACUUCGGCUUCUACAGCUUCUUUGAGCUGCUGCGACUCACUAGAACACUGCUGGGAAUCAUCGACUGUGGUCCCAACCCCUCCCAUGGCACCUCACUGAUCAAUGACGAAGGAUCAGGGAAGAAUGUGAAACGCUCCAUCCAUGGCAUGGGUCAAAUGAUGACAACCAUGGUCCUCAGUAGGAAGCAGUCCUUAUUUGGUGGGGCAGGGGCCCGGGUGGCGGGACUUGUGCUUGAUGGACAGCGAAUGGCCAAAGACAGCAUCGACAAGAUAGGCCUGACAGUAAUGGACACAAAGCUGAAGAUUCUGGAAAUUUUGCAGUUCAUUCUGAACGUGCGCCUGGACUACCGUCUGUCCUUCCUGCUGUCCGUCUUCAAGAAAGAAUUUGAGGAUGUCUAUUCGCUGGCUGAUGCUGAUGCCACGACCAGUGUAGAGCACACAGCUGCCAUCAACCGACAGCACAUUGGAGAGCAGGCCGAGGCGAUGUUUGGAGUCGGGAAGGGGAACAGCAUUCUUGAAGUGGACGACGAAGGCGGACGCAUGUUCCUGCGUGUCCUGAUCCACCUCACUAUGCAUGAGUACCCGCCGCUGGUGUCCGGAGCUCUACAGCUACUCUUCAGACAUUUCAGCCAGAGGCAGGAAGUGCUGCACACUUUCAAGCAGGUCCAGCUACUCAUUUCGGCUCAGGAUGUGGAGAACUACAAGGUGAUCAAGUCAGACCUGGACCGUCUGAGAACAUUGGUGGAAAAGUCUGAACUGUGGGUGGAGAAGAAGACGUCUGGAGGAGGAGACAGCAAGAAGGAAAAGAAAGACAAAAAAGACAAAGUGGAGGGGGCGGCGGAGGAUGCCACACACAAGAAGGAGAAAGGGGAGAAGAACAACGAGAACUAUCAGAACGUCAAAGAGAUCCUUGAGAGGCUGAACAAGAUGUGCAGCAGUGGUGUGUGGAAGAAGCAGCAGAGGUUGCUUAAGAACAUGGGUGCACAUAAAGUCAUGCUGGACCUGCUGCAGGUCUCCUACGACCAGAACGACGUGAAGAUGCAAGAGAUCAUCAGAUACACACACCUGUUUCUGCAGAAGUUCUGCAUGGGCAACCAGGAGAAUCAGGCUUUGCUGCACAAGAACCUUAGUCUCUUCCUCAAUCCAGGGCUGCUGGAGGCGGAGACUGUGCAGCACAUCUUCAACAACAACUACCAGCUAUGCACAGAGAUAUCGGAAAGUGUCCUGCAGCACUUCAUCCACUGCUUGGCCACACAUGGACGCCAUGUUCACUACCUCAGCUUCCUGCACACCAUCAUCAAAGCCGAGGGCAAGUACGUCAAGAAGUGCCAGGACAUGGUCAUGACUGAGCUGACCAAUGCCGGUGAGGAUGUAGUUGUCUUCUACAACGACAAGGCAUCUUUCAAUGUCAUGCUGGAGCUGAUGGCCGAGAGCAGGGAGGGCAUUGGUGAAAACAGCCCGCUCAGGUACCACAUCUCACUGGUGGAAUUGCUGGCGGCGUGUGCAGAGGGCAAGAACGUCUACACGGAGAUCAAGUGCACUUCGCUGCUGCCACUGGAGGACGUUGUCCGUGUGGUGACGCAUGAGGACUGCAUCACCGAGGUAAAAGUCGCUUACGUCAACUUCGUCAAUCACUGCUACGUGGACACGGAAGUGGAGAUGAAGGAGAUUUACACGUCCAACCACAUAUGGAACCUCUUUGAGGACUUCACAGUGGACAUGGCCCGAGUCUGCAACAAGCGAGACAAGCGACUUUCCGACCAAGUCUUGGAGAAGUAUAUAAUCAACGUGGUCUUUGACACCAUCAAUGCCUUCUUUAGCUCGCCCUUCUCUGAGAACAGCACCUCGCUGCAGAGUCAUCACACCAUCGUUACACAGCUGCUGCAAUCAUCCGUUCGCCUGCUGGACUGUCCCUGGUUGCAGCAGCAGCACCGGAACCAGGUGGAGACCUGCAUCAAGACCCUUGCGGUCACAGCCAAGAGUCGCUCCAUUGCUCUCCCUCUUGACCUGGAGGCUCAGAUUAGCGCCAUGUUGUCCACCAGCGCUCUUAACUCGCUGUCACGCUCCAGCACCAGCUACAAGUCGACAACGCGCUCCUCGCGGCCUAUUGCCCCCAGCAACCCGUGGGACUACAAGAAUAUCAUCGAGAAACUGCAGGAUGUCAUCAAUACACUGGAGGAGCGCCUCAAACCACUUGUCAAUGCAGAGCUCUCCGUCCUAGUUGACGUUCUCCAUCAACCAGAGCUUCUCUUUCUGGAGGGAACAGAUGCACGCCACCGCUGCGAGUCUGGCGGAUUCAUCUCCAAGCUGAUCCAGCACACAAAGGCACUGAUGUCCUCAGAGGAGAAAUUAUGCAUCAAAGUUCUGAGAACCCUGCAGGAGAUGUUGAUCAGAACACUGGACUUUGAUGAAAAGGGAAUUUCACUGCGCAAGGUUCUACUGCAGAACUACUUGUUUCCUAACAGGAAGAACAACCCGAAGAAUGACUUAGUGGAACUCGGAGCGGCAGGCGCUGAGCAAGAGCGCGACUGGGCAGCGGUGGCAGCGGUUCAGUGUCGUCUGGAUCGGGAAGGUGGGAGCAAACUUUUUACAGACCUGGUGAUGUGCACCAAGAAUGAGAAAAUCUUCCAGGAGAGUAUCCAGCUGGCCAUUUGUCUGCUGGAGGGAGGAAACACAGAGAUACAGAACUCGUUCUACAAGCUGAUGAUGGGGGACAACAAGUCGGAAAAGUUCUUUAAAGUUCUUCACGACAGGAUGAAAGAGGCACAGAUGGACAUCAAAGCCACCGUGUCGGUGAACGUCGGCGAGAUGUCACACAAAGCCAACGAGAAGGACCUGGACAAUGGCUCUUCUUCACCACUUGGACUUCCUGCCACCGACGAACAUUCCCAACUGGUCCAGGGCCAGGGCGGCAGCCCCUCUUCCCUGCAGGCUCAUUCAACAGCGGAGCAGAAGGAGGUGGAAACAGAGAUGGGCCCAGCCGUCCUCAUCAUGAAGCCCAUCCUGAGGUUUCUACAGCUUCUUUGCGAGAACCAUAACCAGGAUCUUCAAAAUUUCCUGCGCUGCCAGAACAACAAAACCAACUACAACCUAGUGUGUGAGACACUGCAGUUCUUGGACAUCAUGUGUGGAAGCACCACAGGUGGCCUGGGCCUACUGGGCCUCUACAUUAACGAGUCAAAUGUUCACCUCAUCACACAAACCCUGGAGACCCUCACAGAGUACUGCCAGGGCCCGUGUCAGGAGAACCAGACGUGCAUUGUGACACACGAAUGCAAUGGCAUAGACAUCAUCACGGCGCUCAUCCUCAAUGACAUCAGCCCGCUGUGCCGUUACCGGACAGACAUGGUGCUGCAGCUUAAGGACAACGCCUCUAAGCUGCUGCUGGCGCUCAUGGAAAGUCGUCAUGACAGUGAGAAUGCAGAGAGAAUCCUGUUCAACCUCCGCCCCCGAGAACUAGUCGACGUGAUUAAGAAGGCCUACCAUCAGGAGACUGAGUGUGAGAGUGGGGAAGUGUCACCCCGUGAGGUGGGACACAACAUCUAUAUACUAGCGCAGCAGCUGGCCCGCCACAACAAGGUGUUGCAGAAUCUUCUGAAGCCUCCAAAGAAGAGCAAAGAGGGCAAGGAAGGCAUCUCCUCCAUGUUAAACUUGAACAAUCGGCCGCUGUCGCAAAUGUUGAAGUCAUCAAUACCGACUGCCAUUGUGGAACAAGACCCGCUGGAGUACUACGACAUGCUCACUUCUCAAAUAGAGAUUGUGCGAGAGGAUCGCAGCAUGGAGCAGAUCGUGUUUCCAGUCCAUCCCAUAUGUGAAUUUCUGACCGAGGAAUCUAAGUUACGUGUGUUCAACACGACGGAGCAGGAUGAGCAGGGCUCCAAGGUGACACACUUCUUCGAGCAGACGUCCUUCCUGCAUGGAGAGAUGGAGUGGCAAAAGAAGCUGCGGAGCAUGCCAGUGCUCUACUGGUUCUCCAGGAGGAUGACACUGUGGGGCACCAUCUCCUUCAACCUGGCUGUCUUCAUCAACCUCAUCAUCGCCUUCUUCUACCCCUAUGACUCAGGACAAGCGGGAGCCAUCGAUGACUCUUUGCUACUGAUGCUAUUUUGGGUUCUGACCGGGCUCUCUGUGCUGGCCAUGCUCUCCCAGCGCUAUGGCCUUCAGCCGCUGACUUUGGCUCUCAUCCUGAGGUCCAUCUACCACUUGGGUAUCAGGAACACACUCAUCUUUCUGGGCACGCUCAAUCUAAUCAACAAGGUGGUGUUUGUGGUGAGCUUUGUGGGUAACAAUGGGACGUUCAUCAUGGGCUACAAGGCCAUGGUGAUGGACGUGGAGUUCCUGUAUCAUCUGGGCUAUGUGCUAACAUCCACAUUGGGCCUCUUUGUGCAUGAACUAUUCUACAGUAUUUUGCUCUUUGACCUGAUUUACCGCGAGGAGACGUUGUUCAACGUGAUCAAGAGUGUGACGCGCAACGGACGCUCCAUCCUGCUGACUGCACUGCUCGCCCUCAUCCUUGUCUACCUCUUCUCCAUCGUGGGUUUCCUGUGCCUCAAGGAGGACUUCAUCAUGGAGGUGGACCCACUGCCACAUAUUGCCCCAGGUCCUCAGCAGAGAAACGCGGCACAGGACUUCCUCAAGUCGUGUUCCGGAGAUGGCAUCCACUGUAUGGCGGAGGGUGACAUUGCAGCUGAGAGUGAGGACAGUGAUGAGUUCAGCAGUGAGCGCGCCUGCGACACACUUUUGAUGUGUAUUGUGACGGUGUUGAAUCAUGGCCUGAGAAACGGUGGCGGAGUGGGCGACGUCCUCCGUCAGCCCUCCAAGAAUGAGCCGCUGUUUCCUGCCCGUGUGGUCUAUGACUUGUUGUUCUACUUCAUUGUCAUCAUCAUUGUCCUCAACCUCAUUUUCGGAGUCAUCAUCGACACCUUCGCUGACCUCAGGAGUGAGAAGCAGAAGAAGGAGGAGAUCCUGAAGACCACCUGUUUCAUCUGCUGUCUGGAACGAGACAAGUUUGACAACAAGACUGUGUCAUUUGAGGAGCAUAUCAAGCUGGAGCACAACAUCUGGAAUUACUUGUACUUUAUCGUUCUUGUGCGCGAGAAGAACAAGACAGACUACACGGGGCCAGAGAGCUAUGUGGCCAUGAUGAUCAAGAACAACAACCUGGAUUGGUUCCCCCGCAUGCAGGCCAUGUCACUCGUAGUCACCGAUGGUGACGGCGAGCAGAACGAAAUGAGGAUGCUGCAGGACAAGCUUGCCUCGACCAUGAAAGUGGUGAUGACGCUCACCAUGCAGCUUACAGAGCUCAAAGAGCAGAUGACUGAGCAGAGGAAGAGGAGGCAGAGGAUGGGAUUUGUGGAUGUCCAACAGGGUGGCAGUGCUUCGCUUCCUCCUACUGCCGCUGGAGGGAACCACCAGCAGAUGUAAAAUAAAUAAACAAAUUGGAAUCAGCUCUCGAACAGAAAAUGGUGGAGAAACAAAUGAGCUAAGGAAUGCAAUUGGAAAGCAGCGGCAGAAGAAAAGACUACUAAAACUACUGAAUACUGAAUCAUUUCACAGGUUUUUUUUUUUGUGAGUUUUGAAUAUAUUUUCUUUCAUAUCUUAUUUGUGCUUUGAAGACUCAUACACUACACUGAGAUGCUGUUCAUCCUCAUCUUGGAGGCUGUCGUUCAUGUCAGUGAUUCAAAAUAAAUAUUGGAAAUGAAUUAUUAAAAAGCUAAAGAAGGAUUUCGUAAAACUUUGACUCCAAUGUAUGACGUACUACACUGACUCAUUUUGUAUCACUUUACUCUGAUCUCAUUCUCUACAAACAACCACUCCUGUUGCCGUGGGCAGGCGAUCGGGGGCCAUGCCCACCGACCAAUAUUUUUCUGGCCCCACCCACUCCCAAACCUACUCGA